AUGAAAUCCGACUGUUUGGACAUCGUUAUCGUCUCGAGCGGCGACAGCGAAGCCGCUAUGAUGUGGAUUAAUUUCCUCAUCCAGUGUUUUCAACAUUUCAAUCAAAAGGAAAACAAAUCACAAUACAGAAUUCAAAGAGUAAGAUUAGAAGAUGUGUUGUCCGAUGUAAUGUCAGCACCUCGCCAGGAACGGUGUAGUCAAGCUCGGCUUCAGAUUGUACUGGUUUGUCCGAUAUUUUUAGACCGGGUGCUCGCACAUUCUGGUCGUUCCGAUUGUCUAAGCGCAUUGCUACAAACCAAUCGCAUGUUGGCUUUAUUGGUUGGCGUUGCAGAAUCCGACGUAACUGAUCAACAUAAGACUGUACUGGUAGACUACGAUAAGUGGAGAAAAAUGGCCGUCAAGGAUCAAGAUCGAGAAUCUGUUGGUGACUUUUACGGAGUGUCUAUGGAUAUUCUCAGCAAAUCGAUGCAUGUCCAACAGGCGAUUAGUGUACCCGAAGAGGAUACGAAAUUCUCCAUUACUCCCAAAAAGAUAAAAAUCGGCCAAAACAAACUCAUCGUUUUAUUAUCAGAACCGUUGGUAUCGGAGGACAAUGUAGUAAUCACCGUGGAUAAAAACGGACACAAAAUCGAAGUGACAAACGUGACGAGAAGAAAUCCGUAUACGCUACAAUUUAAAAUGCCACUGAGUUGUUUACAAGUAUCUGUCUUGGUAAACGUUAUCGUCGAGAAAAAUGGCCAGGUGCUAGGCCAACGUUCGGUGAAGUGCGAGAGCCGCAUGAGAGAAUUAGAUCAAUUGAUCCGUUCGUUGGACAAUCCCUUGAAUUUUUUGUGUCAAACGUUUGGCUUGAAUCCCGUCGAUAGAGAGCAAUUAGAUUUGUUUUUAGUCACGGCUUAUGUGAAGAACGUUCCGCCCAAUUUUCAUCUCCUUCAACCAGCUGGAUCUCGAUUUCAGUACUGUCACGAGGAAUACCCAACCAUGUUGCACUUUGCCGCCAAACACGGGCUGGAGAAACUGUCGUGGCACUUGCUGGAGAGUCCGGGUGGCGAACAGGCGUGCCAACUGCGGAACUCGUCGCAGUUGACGCCCGCGGACGUGGCCGAGGCGUCCAACCACCAGAAGCUCGCCCAAGCACUGCGGGCGUACGUGCAGAUGACCGAGCUGACCAGCAUGUACAGCAUACUCAAAGGCAUAUCGGACGGACACCACCAACAGCCGACCGGCGACGACCCGGACGCCAACUACAUGCUGCCGCGGCCGCUCAAUGACAGCUAUCUGGUGCCGCCCGCGCCCAGGCCGGUGCAGGCCGAACAACCGGCGGCCGGCGUCCACCCGCAGCAGAACCACUGUUACACGAACGUGGGCUCGCCGCUCACAUCCAACGCGACCAUGUUCAAUUACCAGAUACCACCGCCGCCGCAGUCCAUUUUCGCCAACAACUACCAGGUGCCCACCAACGGACGGCCGUACAGUCCGGCGAGCGGUGCGUGGUCUCCCACGCAUCCGGCGGUGCCUUCCUCGCCCGUCGACCCGACUCCGUCACCGUUGGGUUACUUGGAAAUGAGUUCCUCCAGUCUGGGAUCUGCCAAUUAUUUGCGAGCAAAUCUAUCGUUCAACGAUAGUAUCAUUAACAAAUCAUCUGGAAACAGACCUAACGAUUUCUUGAUUCCUAGCUCUCGUGGCAGUAAUCAAAUGUUGUCUACGCCUCAAGAUGAGCUAUUGGAAAUCAUACACGAUUUCAAAAAUAACGUUCUUACCAUUAACGAGGUGGAAAAUCUAGUCGAAACGUGGAAAAACCGAAAUGACGUGCAACAGUCUUUCAAAGAGAAACAAGAACAACUGAAUCAAAUGAGAGUCGAAUAUGAUCGAAUCCAACAACGCAUGAAAGAUCAAUUAAAACGACCUACUCCGUUCGAUCGCAUCAAAAAAUUCUUUGGCAAAAACAAGUCGAAACAUACUGAAAUUUCACACGAAAACUUGACAAAAAGAAUUGGUUCAGAACAUCAUUCUAAAAGACCAUCCAGUAGUCUUAGUCUACAAAGCUCGAGCAGUUCUACUUCUUGUGGUCGGUCAAGUACUGUAAGUACAAGCAGCGUGAACGACAACCAUACACAACAGGAAAACUUGGACGACGGAAAGCCUCUGAAGUCGUCUUUCUCGUACUUCGAUCAGCCGCACUCGUUCUCGACGUUCCUACAACAGCAGGGCAGCAAAACGACUGCAGCCGACUUCGCGGGCCACGAUUACGGCAACGUCGUGUACUCGCCCGUGGGCUCCGCGACCGCCGAGACCAUCAUGGAAGAAGAAAUCGAAAUGCCAUCCUGCAACGCUUCCCGGGCCCUCGGCGCGUCGGCCAUCCGGUGCAUGACUGGGAUCGCGUGCACAAUCGCCACUUCGCCCACGGCGGCCGACAAGUCCGAACACGACGAGGCAGCUGCCGGAUUCGAGCAGACGUCUUUCGGCGGCGGUGGCUCCGUCGGCGGCAGCUCCGUCGGGGGUGCGGAUUUCGAAGACGUCGAAGACAAGGUGCAGAGGUUGUUCGACAACAUGCCGGAAUACACAAACGUUACGGUUUCCGACCGCAACUCCCGGAAAUACACCCCUUUGCAGACGUGA